GGGGCGGGGCGGAGCCCAGUGGACCCGGUGACCGCUGCUGGCCCGAGCGAGAUCCCUGGAGGCGCCAUGUGGGGGCGGGGCGUGGGCGCCGGGGCGGGACCCGAGGGCCGGAAGCGGACGGAACCCGGGAUCCCGCAAUCGGCUCGCCAUGGACGAGGCGGACCGGCAGCUCCUGCGGCGAUGCAGGGUGCGCCUAGUGAGCGAGCUGCAAGUCGCGGAGCUCUGGGACGCUCUGCUGAGUCGAGAGCUCUUCACGCGCGACAUGAUCGAGGAUAUUCAGCAGGCAGGCUCUGGGUGUCGGCGGGAUCAGGCCAGGCAGCUGGUCACAGAUCUUGAGACCCGAGGGAGGCAGGCCCUUCCUCUCUUCAUCUCCUGCUUAGAGGACACAGGCCAAGGCACCCUGGCUUCAUUCUUGCAAAGCAGUCGGCAAGCAGCCAAGCAGGAUCCAGAGGCUGUUAAACCCCUAGGCCACCUGGUGCCUGUGGUCCUGGGACCAAUGGGACUUACAGCAAAGAAGCAGAGAGUAGUGAAGCUGGACCCGUCACAGCCUGCCCUGGGAAACCUCACCCCAGUGGUGCUGGGGCCCGAAGAGCUCUGGCCUGCUCGGCUCAAGCCAGAGGUUCUCAGACCAGAAACACCCAGGCCGGUGGACAUUGGUUCUGGCGGAGCUCAUGAUGUCUGUGUUCCAGGGAAGGCCAGGGGACAUGCAGACAUGGCAUACACCCUGGAUUCGGAUCCCUGUGGCCACUGCCUCAUCAUCAACAAUGUGAACUUCUGCCCUUCCUCGGGGCUCGGCACGCGCACCGGCUCCAGCGUGGACUGUGACAAGCUUGAGCGUCGCUUCCGCUGGCUGCACUUCAUGGUGGAGGUGAAGAGCGACCUGACUGGCAAGAAAAUGAUCACAGCUCUGAUGGAGAUGGCGCGCCGGGACCAUCGUGCCCUGGACUGCUUUGUGGUGGUCAUCCUCUCUCAUGGCUGCCAGGCCAGCCACCUACAGUUCCCAGGUGCCGUCUAUGGGACAGAUGGAUGUUCCGUGUCCAUUGAGAAAAUUGUGAACAUCUUCAACGGGAGCGGCUGCCCUAGCCUGGGAGGGAAGCCCAAGCUCUUCUUCAUCCAGGCCUGCGGUGGUGAGCAGAAAGACCAUGGCUUUGAGGUGGCCUGCACUUCCUCUCAAGGCAGGGACUUCGACAGUGACUCUGAACCAGAUGCUGUCCCAUAUCAGGAAGGCCCAAGGUCCUUGGACCAGCUGGAUGCUGUGUCGAGUUUGCCUACCCCCAGUGACAUCCUUGUGUCCUACUCCACAUUCCCAGGCUUUGUCUCCUGGAGGGACAAGAAAAGCGGCUCCUGGUACAUCGAGACCUUGGAUGGCAUUCUGGAGCAGUGGGCUCGCUCUGAAGACCUGCAGUCCCUCCUUCUCAGGGUCGCCAAUGCUGUUUCUGAGAAAGGGAUUUAUAAGCAGAUUCCUGGCUGCUUUAACUUCCUCCGGAAAAAGCUGUUUUUUAAAACUUCCUGAGGCUGGGGGCUGCUCUUUGGCUCAUUAUUCUCCCUGAAGCUCUCCUGGCCUGGAGCUGGCCAAGGCCAGAACUGUCUUGCUAAGUAAGGAUUUUACAGGGGCAGGCUGCUCUUUGCCUUUUCUGAUGCAAACAGGCUCCUAGCAGCUUCCAGAUUGGGCAGUGUGGAGUGGUAGCAGGGAGAAGAACAGGGCACAGUGGAUGCUUCCUGGCCGCUUCAUCUGUGUAGGGACUAUGGCCUGGAACUCCCAGGCCUCUCUAGAACAGGGCUUCUCUGCCAAUGUACUACUGACAUGUGGGGUUGUAUAAUCCUGUCAUGGGACUGCCCUAUGUGUUGUAGAGUGUGUUAAGCCAUUUCUGGUCUCUACCAGCCAGGUGCCAGGAGCACCCCUUCCUGAGAUCUGCCAACCAGAAAUAUCUUCAGACAUUGUCACAUGUGCCCUGGGGGACAUUACAGCACUCCUCCUGCCCCCCUGGGGCCAUCGCCCACAGGGGUCUAUGGCAGCAGACACACCAGCAUCUCUCCUUCCCAGAUCCACAGUCCAGUUGGCCCAGUGUGCAUACCUGGAUCUGGACUGAGUCUCAUUGAAGUUUCCAGAAGGGCUAAGUCUUGCUUGAGCACAUUAUUUAUUCUUCAACAAUAAAUCUUAGGCAAAAGGACUGUCUUUUGCCUGUAUUGUCCCCAUCCCCAUUCUGUCCUUCCUACAAAGGAGACUUGCUUUUUCCUGAAUUUUUCUCUGUGUCUUCCAAGGUCCCUGCACGAGCCCAGGAGGUGACCGAGGUGGGAGUCAGUCCCCACAGAUCAAGUCUCCUAUCUGAAGGAUCUUGGUGACCCUAGUGGGGACACCAGGACAGAGCUCUGCUGUUCGGAGCCUUCCAUUCUCCCCUUGUCUUCCUUGCUAACUGAGCCUGGUCCCCAAGUGGCCGUGACCAGGCAGCACUGAAGUGCUGGCACUCCCUGGAGAAUGUGCCAUCCCCUGUCUUGAAAGCUGUUCUGACUUUCACUUACUUUUCUUUCUUUCUGGUUUCUGCUCUUUGCUUUGUGAAAGCCCACUUGAGUUUAGAUGGUGCCAAGCCUUGUCUGUUUGUUUUGAGCCGGGGUCUGACUUUGUAACCCAGGCUGACCACAAAACCUCCAUCCCACUGCCUCCUGGGUACCAGGAUUACAGCCUGUCCCACUGCCUCAGGCUCCUCCUGAAAGGGCAUGGCUUUCAGGGCCCCAGGUUAGGGUGUCAGGGUAAGAAGACAGACUCAUUCGAGGAUGUGAUUCAUAAAUUACUUUAUUACUAUUUCCUUUCUAUGGCAUUUCCAGGGGGACAGUCGCAGCGAAGUCUUCAGUUCCUUGCGAUCACCUGCAGGACACACAGGAGAGUGAGAGGUUAACCCGAACACUGGGCAUUGAGUUUAGUGACUCUUGGGGCCAAGAGGGGUCAGGAAGGGUCAUAGCUGGGAGUCCUGCUUGCGUAUCAGGCCAGGAAGCCCAGAAUCGCCAAUCACUUCAUGCCAAAUGUACAGAUGGGCAACGUUCUUUUUUUUUGUUUUUGUUUUGUUUUGUUUUGUUUUUUGAGCAUAGCCCUGGCUGUCCUG